AUGAGUCUCACCUCGGACGAGGUGAACUUUAUGGUGUACAAAUACCUCCUCGAAUCUGGGUUUUCGCACUCCGCGUUUACGUUUGCGAACGAAUCGUUCGUCAAUAGAACUCGAAUUGCCCCAGGAAACGAAGAUCAGGACAUUCCGGCGGGCGCGUUGGUGGCGUUCGUGCAAAAAGGAUUGCAAUAUUUAGAGCUCGAAGCGAAUUUGAACGAGAGCAGCGGCGGGAAUAAUGGUGCUAAUGGGGAAGGAAACAAUGCUAACGUCAAAAACAACAACGAAGAGGACGAUAUCGACGCGAACUUUUCGGUGUUGACGGCGAGAGAUUUGCUUUCGAAACCGGUGGACGCUUUGAAGGCGCUGGUAAAGUCGAGAAGGGAGAUGUCCGCGGAGGAACGGAAUCGAGCGAUCGAGGAGGAAGAGACCGCGCUGAAAAGAAAGUUGGAGGAGAGAAAGAAAGCAGCCAUGGCGGUGAAAACGAUCGACGGAACGUUUGCCGCCGCCGGAGGAAAGAACGGCGGUUUGGACGACGUGAACCAACUGUUCGACGUGAGCCAAGACGAAGUGACGACGUUGGACGGGCACUUGGGCGAGGUUUUCGUCUGCGCGUGGAACCCGAAGAGAGAAGGGAUGUUAGCCAGUGGAAGUGGCGAUGCGACGGCGAGAAUUUGGACGUUACCGGCUGGGCCGAGCGGAAGAGUCGCUGAGGCGAAGAUGAAACCGCCGGCGGUUUUAGAGCACACGAAGAAGAUUAAAAAAGAAAACGAAGAGAAAGAUACGACGAAUAAAAACGGAGAGAGUAAAGAAGAUAAGAACGGAGUAGGUGGUGGUGGCGACGCCAUGGACGUCGACGGUGGAGGAGGAAAGAAUAAAGAAAAGAAAAACGAUGCGGAGGACGAGGACGAGAAGAAAUCGAAAGACGUCACGACUUUAGACUGGAACAGCGACGGUACGAUAUUAGCCACUGGAUCGUACGACGGCGACGCGAGGCUUUGGGACGAUAGCGGUAAGCUCGUCGCCAGACUCGAGCAGCACAAAGGUCCGAUUUUCUCCUUGAAGUGGAACAAAGCCGGCGACUCGUUGAUUUCAGUAUCGGUGGAUAAAACUGCCGUGGUGUGGGACGCGAAAUCCGGGGAGGCGAAGCAAACGUACGAAUUACACGAAGCGCCGUGUUUGGACGUCGAUUGGAAAGGAGAUACGAACGUGUUUGCGACGUCCAGUAUGGAUAAGAAGAUUUACGUUUGCGAAGUUGGUAAGAAGGCACCUUUGAAAAAAUUCGAAGGACACACGGACGAAGUCAACUGCAUCAAGUGGGAUCCCGUCGGUAACCUUCUCGCGUCGUGCUCGGACGAUUACACCGCGAAAAUUUGGUCCAUGAAUCAAAACCAGGCUCUUUUCACGUUCAGCGAACACAAAAAGGAAGUGUACACCAUCAAAUGGUCGCCAACGGGACCGGGGACGAAGAAUCCGGAUAUUCCUUUGAUGUUGGCGACGGCUUCGUACGACCACACGGUUAAAUUAUGGAACGCGACGACUGGAGAGUGUAUUCGGACGUUCAACAUGCACACGGAACCGGUGUAUUCGGUCGCGUUUUCGCCAGAUGGGAAACACAUCGCCUCGGGAAGUUUCGAUAAACGCGUGAGAGUUUGGGAAAUUGCCACCGGGUUGUUAGAAAAGACGUACCGCGGUGACGGCGGGGUCUUCGAGGUGUGUUGGAACCAGGAAGGGUCGAAGAUUGCAGCCUGCUUUAGCAACAACACGAUAGCCGUUUUGGAUUUUGAGUAA